AAAAUAUCUCAUUUUAGAAGAUGAAUGUACAAACUGAAUAUUACAUACGCCUUCUGCUGGUCCUCGUUCAAGGAGGGAUGCUGGUUUGUAAAGGUAUAGCUGAUAGAGAGCUUGCAGGCAUUACACUUGAUGCCUUCCUGAAACCUCAUGAACCAAAACUAAAGAAGAAGCUUUUAAAGUCUCAAUAUCUCUUACUUUUCCCUAAGAGUGGGACCCCGGGUGUUGAAGAUCUUGACCUUUCUUUGCUGACAGUUGUUCUACAAGAUAUUAUGAUUCUUUCUACUAUCGACAUACAGUACAUUAAAGUUAUAAAAGAAACAAGAAACACUUUGGCGCAUAAUUCUACGGCUUCAGUUGAACUGGCUGAUUACAACAACUUAAAAACAGAUCUGGAAGACGCAUUGAGGAAAUUGUGCCUAGGCCUGGACGUGACUCUACAGACCGAAUGCUCAAAAUUAAUACAGAAGUUCACAAGCGAUCCUCUUGAUGAGGCAACUGCUUUAAAGUACGUAAAGGAGCUGAGGAAUGAAGACGAGCUGUUACAAGAUUUUGAAGGAAUGUUGGAGAAACAAUCGGAAGAUAUUGUGCAAGAAGUCAAAGCAACUGAGAACCGAUUACAAGAAUCGCUGUCAGAUGUUGAGAAGAGAUUAAUGGGGGAAAUCCAGAAACUGCAAGCUGGAUACACAGACGAUUUCACACAAUCUAAAUUUCCUGAUACGUUGCCCGACUGUGAGGUUUGUUUCCACGUGAGCAACUGUGCAGCAGCAACGUUCUAUUGUGAAACCUGCUGUCAGUUUAUGUGCACUGAGUGCAACCAACGUAUCCAUACUGUUGAGAAAACACACAACCGACAAAGAAUAGAAAAAGGUAUGCCAUUUAAGCUAGACAUGAAAGGUUAUGAUAAGUGUGAUGACCAUAAAAAGAAUAUCUCAUAUAUUUGUGAAGCUGAUAAUGAACUUUGCUGUGAGGUGUGCGUAAAGGAGAAACAUGAAAACUGUCUUACAGUUACUUCUAUUUCUGAAGACACGUUUGAAUCUAGACACAAUCCAGCAAUGGAAAUACCUCGACUGCAAAACGAAGCACGCCUGCUUAUUGCAUGGUUGUCUUCCAUUGAAGCAGGUGUAAAAAGGAAUGUAGAAAGUAUUCCUGCAAGGUUAGACGAAUAUAGAAAUGCGUUAUUGAAGGUGUUUGAUUCUGAAGCACAAAAAAUAAAAGAGAAAGCUAAUGAAAUGCAAAAUAGUACAUUGAAAGAAAUAAAGAAAAAUCGCGAAUACUGUGAGCUUGUCAUUAAGAAAUCUGAACAAGCCAAACUUUUGUUGAUAAAUAUGACAAAAUGUGGCACAACCCCACAAAAACGUAUUUCUCAAUAUCGGAUAGAGGCAUUUAGAAACAAAAUGCAGUCUCUUACAGAUAUCAAUAUUGUGUCUCUUCAUCUUGAACAUUUGAACUUACCAGAACAAAUUGCACUAUCUUCUACACUACUAUCAGUACAUGUGGAGACACCAGACACAAGGCCAGUACAGUUGUUCUUGAAUAGUGUACAGGAACUGAAGCAGAAUAAAAACGAGAAGACACCGUUACUUUCAGGACUGGAUUUCUUGCCUGAUGGAAGACUUUUUACCAUAGAUAAUUUCAACCAAAAAUGCUUGAUUUACAAUGAGAAACUGGAGAAAGUAGGAUCAUAUCAAUUAUCGUAUUAUCCACUGAGUGUAGUUGCUGUAUCUGAGGAGGAAGUGGCGAUAACACGUGGUGGUGGAUACAAGAUAGAAUUUCUACGUGUCAGUAAAUCUAAUGAAAUAACUUUGGUCAGGACAUGUGAAGUAACAACUAGAUAUGGGUCAAUAUGUCUUAAGGAUGAUAAGAACUUUGUUGUUGGGGCAGUGGAAGAUUCCAGACCUUUUCGUAUCGUAUCUCUAUCAGGAGAAGAGAAAGAUUUCAGUAUCGACUUUCAGAACAAAAUGUACUCUGUUGACACCAGUGCGUGUACAUAUAUAAGAGAUCGAAACAAAGUCGCCCUCACCGAUAGGUAUAAUCACGCUGUUUUUAUAUACGACACCACGACCAACACCAGAGUCGAUGUCAAAGAUGAACAAAUCAGAAAACCAAGAGGUGUAGCAGUAGGACCGUUUGACUGUAUCUUUGUUUGCAGUAAUGAAACAGGCAGCAUUGUACAGAUUUCUCCAUUAGGAAAAAUUGUAGCAUCACAUAAGAUAGAUAUGAGGCUUCCUUACAGAAUUUGUUUCUCAAAGGACAAAACAAGACUAGCCAUUUCUAACUGUGCUCAGGGAGAGAUAAAAUUACAACUAUUCAAAGUAGUGAUAUGAUAUAAAGUAAAUACACAAGCAUCUCCAACAGAAAAGAUUGUGUGUCAGAAGAGUGUUAAGAAACAGCAAUAUUAGAUCACAGACUUUAUAAGUUAUUAGAAUCUAAUGAUUGCUAAAGGUGAAAAGAAUAAAUUGAUUAUUUUCUGUCUAUCUUUUAAAGUUUGGAAACACUGAACGUAACCAAGUAAAACGAGUCUGCUCGUGAAGGGUAAUAAAAUGUACAGCACCAAACACUAGCCCUUACAACUGCCUUAGUGGAACUCUUAUUUAACAGAUACAUUGAAUGAAUACAAUGAUCCAAAUGUGAUAUUUUAGAGGAUAUUUGAUGCUUUUCUAGCAUUAAACUGCUGUUCUUUUCACUGUUCUCUUACAGGAGAGUACGUUUACAAGUAUUAACAGAGAGUUUCUCACACACACAUGCUUUUAAACCCAUUUUGUAUGUUAUGCACGUUCAAUGGAAAAGCGUAAACAGAUACGUCAAAAGAAAAUGUGGUUAGCCUGAUAAACAACAAAGAUAUUCGAGCGCGUUUCAUGGCAUUUAUUUACAUAUUUUAUGCUAGAAUAGCGUUAGCACAUUUUCAUUUCUUGAACAUCCUCAAAAUCUCUCGGGAUGCGUUGGUAACUGCGCCUCACUUUCCAAUCCCUCGGGGAUUUUGCAGAUGGUUGAACAUAAAAACACAGGAAUUGCUUAAAUAUUUUAUUUCCGUAAUAAACAAAGGGAAUACUUCACAUGGACAAAAAAUUCACAUGCCAAUAAGUUUGAAAUUGUAGAAUACUGGUCAUAUAAAAUUUUUAUGAUAAAUGUAACUUUCAAGCUCACCCUUACAAUCGAUUAUGGUGAAAUAUCUCAAAAUCUUUCUAGAAUUUGACAGUUUUGUUGAUUCAAAAUACAUGAAACAAUAGAAACAGUAGCGUACCUCAUAGGCAUAGGAGCGAGUUUAACCUGGUAGGGAGGGGAGCAAACCUUUUCGACAGGGUGGGGGGCGGCGGCAAAUGGGCCAUAGCCCCCCUCAAGCCUCUGUCUGCAGCGUGUUGCUUAAUCGGUCAAAAUAUAUAUUGUUCUAAUCAAGUGUGCCAUUUUUUUAACUUUCUUCAGUUGAAGCCCUGGACAGACAAUCAGAUAGCGCUGCAUUUGUCUAAUAAUUAUUGUGAUAUAAAGUUGUGGAAAUAUUAUUUCCCUUGAAUGGACAAUGAAAAACGUAAAUACAUAACGUUUGUAAACAUGCGUAAACAGGUUAAAUACUUACAUCGUUUUUGCAGACGCUUGUCCCGGAACUGCAGUGAUUGCGCUCAAUAUUAUAUUUUUUUUAUAAAAUAUAAUCAAACAAUCCUCGACGCGUACGAGAAUUCAAUACUCACCUUACGGAAGUGCAAGGAAAGGCCAAAUACAAAUCGGGAAGCAGGUUGAAAAUAAUUAUAUGAUACUAUGAAAUGUUAUAUUAGACUGCAAGUUGUAUCUCUUUUCCAAAAUAUUUGGGGGGAGGGGGGCAAAUUAUAGUUCGCCCCCACCCCCAUAUCCUAGCUUUGGAAUGGGGCCUGGCCCCCGCUGCCUUCCCCCGCUCCUACGCCUAUGUAUCUGUCUUGCCAUGUUGUGAAAUAUAUUGCUUUAGCUGUAACUGCUGAAAACUUCUAUUUCACACAUUGUUACGUUCAAAUACCAAUUUACAAUUAAUGUGGUCCUGUCAGUUUAUGCCACAUGCUAUAUCAUAUAAAGGAUAUUUGUCUAAAUCACUUAGAAUGAUUUAGUUUUAUGUUUGAUUUAUAUAUACAUGUAUAUGUGAUGUGUUUUUUUUAUUUUUUAAUUGAAAUUUUCCUAUUUUUGUAUACGUUUGAAAGUGUAUAAUACCCAAGGCCUUUGUAAAGUAAAUUGUGCGAAUGUUGAAACUGUGGAAAGAAGGAAAGUGAAAUACCUCUGUUUUGUUGUAUACAAAAAUGUACCAUUAAUGUAUGCUUGUUGACUUUUCCAACUAGACCCUUUUAUAUUCUAAUAUCCUAAGUAAUGAGUCAUGAAAAUAUUUUGAAAUUGUGUUAGGAUUUUAUUUACAUUGUGUUGUCUAACUUGUUGAAAAUAGCGUAAGUGCGAGGUUGGCAUGCCAUAAACGCGUUUAAACCCCCAGUUUCCUUUAUAUAGGUUACUGACCGUUUCAAGGCGGUGUCCCUAUUUUCAAUUGGUUGUUUUUUCUGUCUUGUAUUGUCUGUUGCGUAUAUUUUCUUGUUUGUUGUAAGCGUUUUUCGUCCUCCUCACUCCCCCUUUUGCCCCCUCCUUUCCCUCGCAUUUACGCUACUUUUUGCAUCCCACUCCCCUUUACAUUGAGUAAGUUUUCGUGGCUCCCCUUUGUUUCGGCAGCCUAAAUCCUAAAAUGGUACAUUAUUGUUUUUCCUACUUGUGUGGGUGCAUUUGUAUGCUUGUGAGUCUAUAACGGUGCCCUACUGUUUUCUUAUGUGUUGCUUGUUCGAUUUUCAAUGUUAUUCAGUUGAUCGUGGUUGUGUGUUUAUCUUUGGUACUAAGGUACUAUCUUUGCGCUAUUGUGGUUUACGUUGUAGUGUGACUGUUAUAUUCGUCCUUGUUCAACUUUCCCCUUCGGGUUCCUGCCCCUCUCCCUCCCCCUCCCCCCGGCCUUAUUUUGCCCCUUACCAUUUCCUUCACCGACAUCUAUAUUUAGCAUAAAUUAAUAUGUACUUGUUGGAUGUUUGAAGCAAUCCUUCUGAAAUAUUUUUCCAUUACAGCUUCUUUUUGUUUUGGGCCUACUAUGGAAAUGUGUGGCUCUGGGGCUGUGUUUUUAGUGCUCUGUGCUUUCAAGAAAUCUACCCUUACCUAUUAUCUUUUUAGGACUCACCAUUUGCUUAAUAUAAAUGCUAUACGCAAUCAUGCUAUUUGAAAAUUACUGCGCCAUGGAUUGCAAGUGCAAAAUAACCAAUAUCGGAUACCCUACAAGUCAGCUAAUCUAAAUACCGCAAUGCUGCUUCAGAAACAAUUUGGAUAAUUUAAGCUGGAGUAUCGCAAAAAAAGGAUAAUUAUCUAUCUUAUGAAUUUAUUUAAAAUUAUCAAGUGUUUACAUGUUAAUAAAUGUUUGAUUGUAGUUUAGUUCAUUCUCCUGAGAUAUGUAAUAAAUAUCUGUUCUUGUUCGCACGAAUUUGCCAUUUCAUCACUGCUGAAUUAUUCUACAAUAUUUAGACCUUGCCCUUGAAAUAACCUAAUUUUAACAUAAUGACCAAACGUUCAUCAGAAAUUAACCAGAUUCUACUGGACAAAGAUUGUUUCAUUUAAUUCGAAGUUACUGUUGUAAUAACGCAGGUGCAUUGUAAAUUGGAUUUACCACAGUUAAGUUUGUUAAACUGAAAUGUUUACAACAUACGAAUAAGAAAUGUAACAUUUUCAAAUACAUAAUUAGCACUGUUAAGAAGUUCAUUUCUCAUGUAUAAAAACGUUAGGGGUCUUGUUGGAAAUGUUAACAUUCAAAUGUAUUUUUCUUUGUUUUGUACUAAUUAUAUAGUGUUUUGUUAUGGACUUUGCAUAAAUUGUAUAGCUUUUAGCUUAAUAAAAAUCUAAUAA